ACAACUGGUACCGGGUUCAUUAAGCUGGUGUCACAACUGGUGUUCAUGGCAGUGUUCGUGCGGCUCCUCCACCAGCACCAGCCCAUCAUCCAAACAAUAAUAACAACUUUCUUUGUGCUUGUGGCAGUGAAAUACUCUCGGUUAAGAGCCAAGCUUGGAGGGACAGUUGCAAGAGAGAGGGUGAGCAGUUCAUCACUCAGAAGAUUGUUGUACCUGGAUCACUGAUUCAGGUUGUUACGCUUAUCAAGACAAGUGAAGUCUUUACACCUUUGCUGCUUACACUGGCAGUACAGCAAUAAAUAAUGGCAGACACACUGGAUGCAACUAGUGUGAAAACCAAGUUUCUUGAAGCAUACUUGAUUGUCUAUGCCAAUUUUCAUAAAGAAAUACUUUAAUAGUAUUGUUAAAAGUGUGCUACAUGGACAGCUUCAGCUUGCAUUUCAAGAAGGAUCUUUGUGUUCAAUUGUCAGAAAUACCAAUGUUCACUAGUGUUAUAAAGCUCGACUCGUCAUCCUGAAUACUGCAAGAACACUAUUAACCUGUACAUGUAAGUUCACUCUACUGAUUCAAGUUACUGAUGAACAGGGUUAUUGCCCAUUGUAAUCGUUUAUUCAUGAGAUGUGCAUCACCUUCUGUAGCUUAAACUUAUACCAAGAUGAUCAGCCUCACAUGAAAGAUAAUGUGAAUGUAAUUAGUAAUUUUUUUAAUUUCUAUGAAAACUUUAUAAUACAAUUUACUUCGUGUAUAUUUAAAUUUUUAAAUAAUUGAUUGUAAUUAGUAGAGUAAUUAAAUAUGUUUUUCACUGUAUUUAAUUAAUACAAAACUGUUUAUGGAAAUCAUAAUUAUUUUUUGCCCAUUUCAAGUAAUUAUUUCUCUGUUCUUUCCUUUUAUUGCAUAGUGAGGUAUAUUCUUACCUCACCAUAAUAUUUUCAGAUAUAUCUGUGAGUUAGUCUUAUUUUCAUUGCUUGAAAUAUUUCCCAUAGUUACCAUUUUUAUUCUGUCAUGUGUUGCUGACAUGUUUCAGAAUGCUGACUUAGGCUGUUUACUGUAUCAGUAAUCAUGAGGAAAAUAUUAGGAGUUCUAGUAGCAGUUUUCUGAUAAAAUCCUUAUUAAUUAUAUCUAUUUUGUUCAUAUUGUUAUCAAAAGUGAGCACCUUAUUGAUACAGGCUUAAAAUUUAUGGUCAAAUAAUAUUUGGUUUCAGCGUAACAUUACAUUAGACAAGCUAUGUCAGCAACAUCACUUCUCUAACACUCAAGUUAACAUGUGCGAGGUUUCAUGGAACUUCUUGCCAACUGUUUUAAGGUUUUUACAAAAUCGGUUAAAUUGAGGAGACGACGGUUCACAUACUAGACAUUACUUUAUUGCUCUUGAAUUGUAAGAUAAUGAAAUACCUCUUUCUUUUAGUAGAGAGAAAUAUAAGUUUAAGAUCUUCAAAGGUUGCACAUUUUAAUUUGCAUUAGUAGACAUUUCAUGUCACAGAAACAUAUUUUCAGUUGUCAUUGUUUAAAAGACUCUUCUUUGGGUAGUCUUUGGUGAUAGAAUGGUUUAAAUGACAAGUUAUAUAGAUGUCUCAUAAAUAUUUGGAGUGCUGUAUCUAAGCAAUCACUGUUAGAUCAAGUGAGUGUUUUAACAAGAGAAAAACUGUUGUUUAAAAAACAUUCACAGAACUAAAUUAAGCUACUGUAUAUAGAGGAAUUUUUGUUAUAAUUUUUUUUAUUAUUUCAAAAGAUGGUUUAUAUGUGAUGUUUAUUGUUCUUAGUGUUUAAAAUUUUUCUAGUAAAGCAAAUAUGAUGGUUGAUUCUGAAAAGCCCUACCAGUGUCCUAUUUGUUUAAAAGAUUUUGCAUUUAGUUCUCGUUUCAAAGCACAUCAGAGGGUUCAUACAGGGGAGAAACCAUUUGAGUGUCCAGUGUGUGAGAAGGGCUUUAAACAAAAUGGUCACCUAAUGGCACACAUGAGACUUCAUACAGGGGAGAAACCAUAUCAGUGUUCGGUGUGUCAGAAAUACUUCAAACAAAGUGGUCACCUGAAGACGCACAUGAAGCUUCAUCCUGAGGUAAUAACAUACCAGUGUUCAAUAUGUCUAAAAGACUUUAGUGAUAAUUCAGCUCUAGCAGAACAUGAGAAAAUUCACGUAGAAGAAAAACCAUAUUAUUGUUCAGUGUGUCAAAAAAACUUUAAAAAAAGAGGUUAUUUGAUGAUACAUAUGAAAAUUCAUAAUGAGGAGAAACCUCAUCAGUGUUCAGUGUGUGCAAAAACAUUUUCAGCAAAACAUAAUCUAAUAAAACACAUGAGAAUUCAUACUGGAGAAAAACCAUUUAAAUGCCCUGUAUGUCUAAAAGAUUUUGCAUCUACCUUUACUCUGACGAUACAUGAGAGAAUUCACACGGGAGAAAAGCCAUAUCAGUGUUCAGAGUGUCUGAAAGUUUUUAAAGAUAAUGCUACUCUAACAAACCAUAAGAGAAUUCAUACAGGAGAAAAGCCUUAUCAGUGCUCAGUGUGUCAUAAAGAGUUUAAACAAAAAGGUCACCUGAUGACACACUUCAGAGUUCAUUCUGGGGAGAGACCAUAUCAGUGUUCAUAUUGUCCAAAAGAUUUUAUUUCAAACUCUGCUUUGGUAAAACAUAUGAGACAUCAUACAGGGGAGAAACCUUAUCAGUGUUCAGAGUGUCUGAAAGCUUUUUCACACAACAGCACUCUGAUUCAACACAUGGCACGUCAUACAGAGCUUAAACCAUUUAGGUGUUCUGAGUGCCUAAAUGAUUUUUCAACAAAAGCAGAUUUAAGAAAACAUAUGAAUGUUCAUACAGGAGAGAUAUACAAUUGCCCAGUGUGCUCAAAAACCUUUAAGCAAAAAUGUGGUUUGAAAAACCACAUGAAAAGUCAUAGCAGAGAACAACCAUAUCAAUGUUCAAAGUGUCUUCAAGGAUUUAUGCAUAAAACAAAUCUAGUAAACCAUAUGAGUAUUCAUAUACAAGAGAGAAUAAGUGGCAAUGUUCAGUCUCUAAAAGACUUCAGAAAAAUCUCUUCUGGUAAAACAUAUGAAGACUCUGGCUCCAGCAAGGAAGCAAGUGUGACCGAUGCUCUUUAGAGGUAAUGUUUACAACGUACAUAAGAGUACUGGAAAAGGGAACACAAGAACCAGUGAUAAAAGUUUGUUAACUCCCACCUGCUGAGCUCAGCAGAUCACAAUAAGAGUAGUUAAUGAGUGUUUUUAUGUAUGUGUACAUUAGGGUGGUGCAAAAAUUUUUUAAAAUGGAACUAUAAAUUAGAUAUAUGUUGCCCUGAUAACUUUACCCUGCACAUCUUCAGGUGAGUUUUCAGUUCCCUAACUUAAUAUUUAGGGGUCCUGCAAAAAUUCAACUAUUCAGCCAUAAAAAAAUGAACAUGACUAUAGUGUCUUAAUUUAUUAUAGAAAUACGUUUUUUGUCCUUCCUGUGAAGAGCCAGGAUUUUCACAAGGAAUUGCUUCUGUGCCUCACCCUUGAUGAUGCAUGAGUUGAAUUGUCAAAUCAGAGCAAUAUGGCCUGGUGAGGAAGGACCCAGGUGCUUGAUAUCUAUUUAGGAGAAUUUAGUUGAAGCUGUUCAAGUAUUGGCUGUCAUGAAGCUUCCUCAGUCUCUUGAGAUUCUUUACCACUGCAACUUUCCAUUCUCCAAACCAUUCAUUAAAGAAUGAGAGACCAACCAUAGUUCCUUUGUAUAAAGGGAAGGGGAACAAAAGAGUGUAAAAAUUAUAGGGGAAUAAACCUACUGAGUAUACCAGGUAAAGUGUAUGGUAGGAUUAAUAUUGAAAGAAUUAAGGGUAAGACAGAGAGCAGGAUCACAGAUGACCAAAGAAGUUUUAGAAAGGAUAGGGGAUGUGUAGAUCAAGUGUUUACAUUGAAGCAUAUAAGUGAACAAUAUUUAGGUAAAAAUAGGGAAGGCUUCAUUGCCUUCAUGGAUUUAGAGAAGGCACAUGUUAGAGUGAAUAAGGGAGCAAUGUUGCAAGUGUAUGGAAUAGGUGAUAGGUUACUAAUUGGUGCUGCUAAGAGUUUUAUGAGGAUAGUGAGGCUCAGGGUAGUGUAUGUAGGAAAGAGGGGCAAUUACUUUCUAGUAAAAGUAGUCCUUACAUAGGGAUGCGUGAUGUCACCAUGGUAGUUUAACAUAUAGAUAAGGUUAUAUAAGAAGGGUGUUGAGGAGAGGUGUGGGAUUAAAAUAUGUGGAAUCUGAUACAGAAUGGGAAUUGUCACAGUUACUUUUUACUGAUGAUACUAUGUUUCUGGGAGAUUAUGAAGAGAUGUUGCAAAGGUUAGUGGACAAAUUUGGGAGGAAAGAGCAAGAUGAUGAGGGUAACAGAUGAGUUAGAUAAUGAGAGAUUGGAUAUCAGAUUGGAAGGAGGGAGUAUGGAGGAAGUAAAUUUGAUGAAUAUAUGAAAUACACCUACCAUCCGACUUACGACCUGCUCGACAUACGUCCACUCGACUUACGACCGUGCAUCUGGCAGUAGGGCUGGGCCGGCUGAUGCACACCGCUGUACAUUAUUUGACAAUACUUGCGGUGGCAAUGUGUCAUGCAGGCAGCAUCAGUUUGAGUAACCCUGCCCUAUCAGCAGCAUCAUACUGUAUUAACUGUACUAACUGGAGAGUAAAUUUCACCAUGGCCCCUAAGAUGAAGUCUGAAUCUUGCACUGGAGAUUGUGGCAAGAAAGGCUCUUACUCUCGAACUCUCUAUUUGUUUUCACUGUUGCACAUAAACCUGUCUAUAUCUGUCUGCCUGUAUAUCUGUCUGUAUCUCUGUGUGUCUGUUUAUCUGUCUGUCUACUAGUGUGUCUUCCUGUCUACCUGUGUGUCUGUCUUUGUCUAUCUGUGUGUCUUUAUGUCUACCUGUGUGUCUUUGUCUACCUGUGUGUCUGUCUUUGUAUACCUGUGUCUUUCUGUCUACCUGUGUAUCUUUCUGUCUACCUGUGUGUCUUUCUGUCUACCUGUGUCUGUCUUUAUGUCUACCUGUGUCUGUCUGUGUCUACCUGUGUGUCUGUCUUUCUGUCUGUCUACCUGUGUGUCUGUCUUUCUGUCUACCAGUGUGUCUGUCUUUGCCUGCUUGUCUGUCUCAGAGCCACUCAUUAAGAGUGUACUUGGUCUUGAAGACACCAUAUUAAUAAUGAUACUAAUAAUAAUCACUGAGGUGCAUUAAAUGUGUAUAAAAUGUUAAUGUAGACAUUUUGCUUAAUCCAUCUAUGAUUUUUUUUUUCAAAAUUAUAUAAUAAACAUGCUACAUAACAUAUAAAUUAACAAAUAUGAGAUGUUUUUCUGGUCGGCUUGACAGUGAACAGGAAUCAUUCGUGUCCGGGCUGGUAACAACACCACCAACAACAACAACGUUUGUUUACAUAACUCAUGAACAUUCUACAUUCUCAUUCUCUCUCUCAUUCAUUCAUUUAAUCUUGUUUACUCACCUCUCAGUCUACAUUAAAACUACAGAUAUUUUAAGGUAAGUAAUGAGUGGACACGAUUAUUAUAUUAUAGCUUAAUAAUAAUAAUAAUAUUAAUAUUAGUACAUAUGUAUUAUUGUAAUAAUAAUGAUUAUUAAUUCUUCUUCUUCUUUCAACGUACCAGCCGUAUCCCACCGAGGUGGGGUGGCCCAAAAGAAAAAACUGAAGUUUCUCCUUUUAAAUUUAGUAAUAUAUACAGGAGAAGGGGUUACUAGCCCCUUGCUCCCGGCAUUUUAGUCGCCUCUUACGACACGCAUGGCUUACAGAGGAAGAAUUCUGUUGCACUUCCCCAUGGAGAUAAGAGGAAAUAAACAAGAACAAGAAUUAGAAAGAAAAUAGAAGAAAACCCAGAGGGGUGUGUAUAUGUAUGCUUGUACAUGUAUGUGUAGUGUGACCUAAGUGUAAGUAGAAGUAGCAAGACUUACCUGUAAUCUUGCAUAUUUAUGAGACAGACAAAAGACACCAGCAAUCCUACCAUCAUGUAAAACAAUUACAGGCUUUCAUUUUACACUCACUUGGCAGGACGGUAGUACCUCCCUGGGUGGUUGCUGUCUACCAACCUACUACCUAAUGAUUAUUAAUAUUAUUAUUAAUUUAGGGCACUGGAGCACAGAUCCAGUGUAUAGCACUUUGUCUGUUUUUUUUUGUUAUCCUAGGUAAUUUAUGAUAUGUAUGAUAACUUGACUUACGUGUACCAGUGAGAGAGAGAGAGAGAGAUACAGAGAGAGAGAUACAAAGAGACAGCCACAUUCGGUCAGCCAGUCAGCCAGCUACCCACCCACCCAGCCAGCCAAACCCAGCCAGCCAGCCACCCACCCACCCACCCACCCACCCACCCAGCCAGCCAGCCACCCGCCCAGCCACCCACCCAUCCAGCCACCCACCCACCCAUCCAACCACCGACCUACCCACCCGGCCACCCACCCAUCCAGCCAGUCAGCCACCCACCUGGCCAACCACAGACCCGGCCACCCAGCCAGCCAGCCGGAUACGUAUUACACAUGUUCCAGAGUUGUUUCUCUUUACUUAGGGUAUAGGUUAUACAACAUUCUGGCAGGAUGACACUACCAGUGGUAUUCUCCCAUUCCACUGUGUCGACAAUACAUAAAGAUAAUAGUAACAUAUGAUACUGUAUGCGAUGUAAAAUUUACAAUACUUAUCACUACCACGUAUACAUUAUAUACAGUACAUAAAUAAUUAAAAUACAACAAUAGAAGUAAAUUAUGGUAAAAAGAAUGAAAUAAUGAUUGUACAUUACAUUACAGUAUUAUGUAGGUAGUUUAUAUAGGAAAGUUUUAACAUUAUGCCCUACCCAAUAUGUCGGCAAUUUUCAAAGGUUCGACUUACGUCCAUUUCGACUUACGGCCAACCGGUCGGAACCAAGCUUGGUCGUAAGUCGGAUGGUAGGUGUAUAAGGCAAACCAUAGAAAUGAUGAAGGGGAAAAGAUGGGUGGUGCAUUGAGGUAUCUGUGGAGACAAAGAAAGUUAUUCAUGGAGGCAAAGAGUGGAAUGUAUGAGAGUAUAGUGGUUCCAACAAAUAUGGGUAUGAAGCAUGGAUUUUGAAUGGUGCAGCGAGGAAAAAGGUUUGAGACAAUGGAGAUGUUGUGUCUGAGGGCUUUGUGUGGUGUGAAUAUUAUGCCGAGAAUCUGUAGUGUGGACAUUUUAAGGAGGUGCGGGAUUACCAAAAGUAUUAUUCAGAAGGCUGAGGAGGGCUUGUUGAGAUGGUUUAGUCAUUUAGUGAGGAUGGAGCAAAAUAGGAUGACUUGGAGGGUGUAUAAAUAUAGUGGAAGGAAGGCAGGGUAGAUGGAAGGAAAGCAUGGAGGGAGGAGGUAAAGGAGGUUAUGUGUGUAAGAGGCUUGAACAUCCAGCAGACAUGUGUGAGCAUGUUAGAUAUGAAUGAGUGGAGGCAAAUGGUUUUUGGGAUCUAAUGAGCUGUGGGAGUGUGAGCAGGUUAAGUGGGAGUGUGAGCAGGUUAACAUUUUGUGAAGGGAUUCAGGGAAACUAGUUAGCCAGACUUGAGUCCUGGAAGUGGGAAGUAGAGUGCCUUCACUUUGAAGGAUGGCUUGGGAUAUUUGCUGUUUGGAGGGUCAUCUGAACAGUCAUAUGUGUACCUCUUUUAAGAAAAUGUGAAUGAUUGUGGUGUUUCUUUUUUGGAUCACCCUACCUCAGUGGGAGACGACCAGCAUCAAGAAAUUUACCUAGAUUCCUGGAAGGUGGGUUUAGUAUCUCAGGUUCAAUCUCCAGUUAGUCACAGUACAGGAGGGCCUGCCUAUUCGACACUCUUUUCAGUGUUCUCUGUUUUUGUUGACUUUUAAUUGAACCAUUGUUCAUUAUGUUCAGCACUUUUACCGCUUUUCCAUUAUUUUUGGACAACAAUGGCAUAAAGGAAUGGCAACCAGUGCCAUGUUUUAUGGUAAGUAUUGUAUGUACUGUGUAAUUAUUUUAUUUUUUAUCUGUUUUCUGUACCUAGCUGUAUUGAGCACUUAAUACAUUAUUGUGUGAACACAUUAUCAGGCAGCUGCUGUCAUUCUGUUCUUGUUCUGUCUUGGUCUAGGCACACCCUCUUGUAUGUUGAUGAUUCCUUCAGCCAUGGUUUCUCUUGCAAGAUCCUGUUUCACACCAUUUCCAUCUUGAAAAUCAGUUUGACUAGUUGAUUUCUCCCCUUUAGGUACCCCCCUAUUCUCUGAAAAUUUACUGUCUCAGUAUGUCCUUCUCACCUAUUUCUUUGAUGAUGUUUUCAAACUCCUGUUUUUCUUCCUGCCAUCUUUCAUUGUGUGUCCUCCCCUCGCUCUCCUGAAGCCCAUGAAUAAACACUGGCUUCUCCCUCUCCUCUUUCCAUUGCCUUUCCUUAUGUGUCUGGAUCCUGUUUGCACAUGGCCAUUGUCUCCCUUAAUUUUUCCUGCAUCUCUUGGUGGCAUGGUCAUGCCUCUGCAUUGGACCUAUCCCCCUCUUCACCUUCUUCCCCUUCCCUUAUUGCUAUCCCUGCCUCCAACAGCUCUUUCCCUUCAUUCCUCGGCCCUGCUUGGUGGACUGAUAGGGCCUUAGCGUAAGUCAUGUUUCCUUCCUUUUCAGUGGGAUCCUUGUUCAGUAGGGGUGUACCUGCUUCAGAUGCUAUGUCUCCUCUGGGCAAUAGUCCUGUAACCCACUUCAACCUAUUUACCUCACUUCUUGGGCCUGUAUGCUGGCUUCUGCAGCUUCAGCUUUGACUCCCAUUUCUUUUUCUCUGCCUCCAUCCUUUAAUCCAUUUUCACAGGAAACAUACCUAGUUGGCUCUCCCACCCUUGUUCCAUCCUUUUACAUUGCUCUUCCAUCUAUUCUUCCUUACCAGGACCAUCGUCCUCUGAUCCCCUGAGACUUUGACUUCCCCUCAGAGCCACCAUUUUUUUUUUAUGGGUUAGGUGUUGUAAUGUGUGUAUGCGUGUAUGUUGGGUGAAGGGAGAUUGCAAGGGGGAGAGAGAUGGGGAGAGGCAGGGAGGGAGACAGAGUGAUAUAGAGGUGGAGAAAGAGUGGAACGGGUGUAGAGUGUGUGUACUCACCUAUUUGUGGUUGCAGGGGUUGAGUCAUAGCUCCUGGCCCUGCCUCUUCACUGAUUGCUACUAGGUCCUCUCUCUCCCUGCUCCAUGAGCUUUAUCAUACCUCGCCUUAAAACUAUGUAUGGUUCCUGCCUCCACUACUUCACUUUCUAGGCUAUUCCACGGCUUGACUACUCUAUGACUGAAGAAAUACUUCCUAACAUCCCUUUGAUUCAUCUGAGUCUUCAACUUCCAAUUGUGACCUCUUGUGUCUGUGUCCCAUCUCUGGAACAUCCCGUCUUUGUCCACCUCGUCUAUUCCGCGCAGUAUUUUAUAUGUCGGUAUCAUGUCUGCCCUGACCCUUCUGGCC